UUUGUAGCUCUCAAGUCGUCUCUCUCCCUCUAUAGAUAAAUCGCUACCAACCAACCAAUUAGCAUAUCUCAAUCCCACCGCACAACAUCACCAUGAACUCUUUCUCAGCCACUCUCUUUAUUUUUUCCAUCAUUAUCUUCCUACAGUGUUUAAGUUCCACCAAAGCUGCCACGUGUCAUCCUGAUGACGAGGCAAGUCUUUUAGCUUUCAAAUCCGGUAUAACUCAAGAUCCUUCCGGCAUGCUCAGCUCUUGGAAGAAAGGUACUUCUUGCUGCUCAUGGAAGGGUGUCAUUUGCCUCAACAGCGACCGCGUCACCAUACUUGAACUAGUCGGGUUUCUCAAAAAACCCGAACGUUCCCUCUCUGGCACUCUCUCUCCCUCGUUGGCCAAACUCAAACACCUCAACGUGAUUAGCUUAGGAGAUCAUGGGAACAUAACUGGAUCUUUUCCAAAAUUUCUUCUCCAAUUACCAAAGCUAAGGUACGUUGACAUCCAAAACAACCGUCUCUCCGGUCCUCUUCCGGCCAACAUCGGCGUGUUGAGCAUGUUGGAAGAAAUCUUUUUUAGUGGAAAUAAAUUCACCGGUUCGAUCCCGAAUUCGAUAUCAAAUCUGACUCGUUUAUCUUAUCUCUUUUUGGGCGGUAAUCUCCUAACCGGGACUAUACCCUUUGAGAUUGCUAAACUCAAGUUCUUGCAGAAUCUGAAUCUUGGUGGCAACCGCCUCUCUGGAACCAUUCCAGAUAUUUUUGAAUCCAUGACAUUGCUUAAAUUUCUCGAUCUUUCCCGAAACGGAUUCUCCGGGGAGCUUCCUCCGUCCAUUGUGUCAGUCGCACCAACACUCCUCGCCCUCGAACUGAGCCAGAACAAUCUCUCGGGGACGAUCCCGAGCUAUAUAUCGAGAUUCAACAGGCUCGAAAAAUUGAAUCUCUCCAAGAACCGUUUCUCAGGGGUUGUGCCGAAAGGUUUUGUAAAUCUGACCAAUCUUAACAAUCUUGAUCUCUCCCACAAUCUUCUAACUGAUCAGUUCCCUGAAUUGAUCAUUAAUACCAUCGAAUAUCUUGAUCUCUCGUACAACCAAUUUCAACUAGAAACGAUUCCAAAAUGGGUGACUUCGUUGCCAAGCAUCUUCUUGUUGAAGCUAGCAAAAUGCGGGAUCAAGAUGAGUUUAGACAACUGGAAGCCAGCAGAACCCUUGUACUUCCAUUACAUUGAUCUGUCGAGAAAUGAGAUCUCUGGGAGUCUAGAAAGGUUCUUGAACCAGACGGAGUACCUCCUGGAGUUGCGGGUGGCUGGAAACAAACUCAGAUUCGAUAUGGGGAAUUUGACGUUUCCGAGGACGCUAAAAACCCUUGAUCUAUCAAGGAACUUGGUAUAUGGGAAGGUGCCUGCUACGGUGGCUGGUCUGCAAAGACUAAACAUAAGUCAAAACCAUCUUUGCGGAGAACUUCCCACGACAAAGUUUCCGGCUAGCGCGUUUGCUGGUAACGAUUGUCUCUGUGGCUCUCCACUUUCUCCUUGUAAAGUUUAGCUGCAAGAAAACUACAAUUUUCAAUUUGGAUACUUUGACGUAGUUCCAACUAAGAGUUGUAAUGAUAAUAACUAAAGUUGCUUGAUAUGAUAAAGCGUAAUUACAACGAUACAUAUAAUAUA